GCCGUGCCCUACUGGGGUACAUCUCCAGAGGCCCCAGGCCUCAUUCUCCCCUCCAGGUUCAGCUCUGCCAGGCUCUGCCAACCCCUCCGGGCACUCGGCCCACCUCCCCUCCCCCAAGCCUAGUCCCUCAGAGCUGCUGGACCCUUCCGUCUGUCCCUACCUCCCAUGUGGCUCUCCUGCUCCCCUGUCAUGGGGACACUGGGCGGGCACUGGGCCUCACCCCAAGCCCCGCCUGUCUUCUCACCCACUCCCUGUGGGCAGAACUGUGCCCAGACGGGUGGGGCGGGGCGGGGCCUGGCGGGCCCGGCUCCUUCAGCCUUUUCUGUCCCUUUCAGUGGGGCCAGCAGGCUGCAGUGAAGUGGGUGCCCCCUUCCCAGCCCUGACCAACCAAGCCGGGACCCAGCUUCCCUCACCCACACUUCUGGAUCCUGACGCCUCCUGAGUCUUCUUCUUGCCCGGUCCGAGCAGGGUCAUGGCCUUGAGAACAGGUGACCACAGUCAGGCUGCAACGAAUGGGCUGAAGGAGAAGGUGCUGACGCUGGACACCAUGAACCCGUGUGUCCGGAAGGUGGAGUACGCGGUACGAGGCCCAAUCGUGCUGCGCGCACUGGAGCUGGAGCAGGAGCUGCGCCAGGGCGUAAAGAAGCCCUUCACUGAGGUCAUCCGAGCCAACAUCGGGGACGCACAGGCCAUGGGGCAGACGCCUAUCACCUUCCUGCGCCAGGUCCUGGCACUCUGCGUCCACCCUGAUCUCCUGAACAGCCCUGACUUCCCCGACGACGCCAAGAGGAGGGCGGAGCGCAUCCUGCAGGCAUGUGGCGGCCACAGCCUGGGGGCCUACAGCAUCAGCUCUGGCACCCAGCUGAUCCGCGAGGACGUGGCGCGGUACAUUGAGCGGCGCGAUGGAGGCAUUCCCGCCGACCCCAAUAACAUCUUCCUGUCCACGGGGGCCAGCGACGCCAUCGUGACGUUGCUGAAGUUGCUGGUGGCCGGCGAGGGUGGCACGCGCACGGGCGUGCUCAUCCCCAUCCCUCAGUAUCCACUCUACUCCGCCGCGCUGGCCGAGCUCAACGCGGUGCAGGUGGACUACUACCUGGACGAGGAGCGCGCCUGGGCGCUCGACGUGGCCGAGCUGCGGCGCGCGCUGCUCCAGGCGCGUGACCACUGCCGCCCCCGCGCGCUCUGCAUCAUCAACCCCGGCAACCCCACCGGUCAGGUGCAGACCCGCGAGUGCAUUGAGGCCGUGAUCCGCUUCGCCUUUGAGGAGGGGCUCUUCCUGUUGGCCGAUGAGGUGUACCAGGACAACGUGUACGCCGAGGGCUCGCAGUUCCACUCGUUCAAGAAGGUGCUCACGGAGAUGGGGCCGCCAUACGCGACGCGGCAGGAGCUCGCCUCCUUCCACUCGGUCUCCAAGGGCUACAUGGGCGAGUGCGGCUUCCGCGGCGGCUACGUGGAGGUGGUGAACAUGGACGCAGCGGUGCAGCAGCAGAUGCAGAAGCUGCGGAGCGUGCGCCUGUGCCCGCCCACGCCGGGCCAGGUCCUGCUAGACGUGGCGGUCAGCCCGCCCGCGCCCUCCGACCCCUCCUUCGCGCAGUUCCAGGCGGAUGACCAUUCUGCCCCCCAUGGAGAAGCUGCGGCCCUUGCUGGAAACGCUGAGCCAGUUCCACGCCAAGUUCACCCGCGAGUACUCCUGAGGACACCGCUGGGGGCCAGGCUGGACCGGCAGGGACGACCCCGGGCGGACAGUGCUCGGGUUCUUGGGGUCUCUGGAGCCCUCUGGACUUGCUCCUGCUGCCUGUGUGGCUGGGCCCCCCCUCUCUUCAGGCCCCUAAUAAAGCAGUGGGCUGGCUUGGCUGCUUGCAGGCUGUGUGCACACCUGUAUGCGCCCCCGCAGCCUUGUCCACUCCUGACUGCCUUUCUGUGUGGGGUUCUGUGCAGGCCUGGGGGCCCAGGAGGAGUGGUCAGGGAGGGCUUCCAGGGGAGGUGACCUUCUUACAGGAUGGAUUUGGCGGGAUGGGGUGAGCACUGGGAAGCGGAGUGACCGUGAGGACUCAAGGGGGCAGUCUUGGUUCCCGUAACUGGGCGCGGGCAGUGGUGCUGCCACUUUGGACAGCUGGAGGAGCGGUGGUGCCGGCCCAAGAGCAGGGAGGGGAGGAAGAGCAAACGGGUCUCGCUUUGUCGUGUUGUGUGUGACAUCCACGUGCAAAUGCAGUUCUUGGGCUGGGAAGCAGUGAGAGGGGAGGCCCCCUCCUGAGCUGGGGCACCCAAAGGCAAGUUCCGGGGAAGAGGGCACGGAAGAUGCCGAGGAAGAGGUGCCCUGUGGAGCUCUGGGCUGAAGGACCUGGGCUGGGGGCUGGCGGGCAGCCUUGUGUCCUUGACACUGGCGUGCGAGGACGUGCAUGCCAGACACUGUUGUGGAUCACUGCACAAAGGGCCCUCUCUGGUGGGCACUGUAGUUCCCAUUUCAUAGAUGAGGAAACCUGGGCCCCCAAAAUGUGUGGAAAUGAAAGGAAGCUCACUCCCCGUGGCCUCAGCAGCUGACGGAACGUCUUGGCUCAAGUGUCUGCGAGUUGGUCUAGAUGUUGGCAGGCCUCAGCGACCCACGGGCUUAGGGAGAGUAUUGGCCAAGGCCCCAGCUCCACUCUGGAUGAGGUUCUUAACCAUAGUCCCUGCUUCACUAUCUCCGCUGGGCCUCCGGUGCCCCACACAGCAAGGCUCUAGACAGGAGAGGACGGGAGGCGCAGGUUUCUCGUCCCAAGGCCAGCUGGGGUCAGGCUGGGGCCGGCCUGGACUGGCUCUCCUGGCCUUGUCGCUAGACACUAGAGGGCGUUUCGGGCAGCAGCCGGGUGCCUCCUUGGGCUGAACGUGGGCUCAGGCCUUUCCCACGAACUUCCUGCCUUCCACGACGCUCUGUGGCCACUGG